UCAGCCGCUCCCCGGAAAAUCAUUUUGAAAAGACCCGAAUGCCUAAGGCUAAAGUUUAAGCAGAAGUGAGAACAAAAAGCAAACAGCUGUCUACGGAGAAUGAGCAUCUCGAAGCCUAAGAUUCUAACGUGAUAACGGUCAGAGCUGUACCUGAAAGAGAGUAAAAACUCCAUUUCCAGCUGUGAGGCUUGCGGCUGCAUCCCCAGCGAGAAUGCCAAUCGCCGCCUCCUAAAUUUCAGACUGAUCACGUCUGGGAGAAAAUAACGGAGAAUCCUGACCCGGGAGGGGACCUCGACUCCAGGGGGAUUUGAGUCCACUUUGCGACCAGAUGAUGAACUCCACCCUCCCCCGUGGGAUGCACACCUCUCUGCACUUCUGGAACCGCAGCAGCUACGGACUGCACAGCAACGCCAGCGAGACCCUGGGGAAGGGCUACUCGGAUGGGGGUUGCUACGAGCAACUUUUUGUCUCCCCUGAGGUGUUUGUGACUUUGGGUGUCAUUAGCUUGCUGGAGAAUAUUCUAGUGAUCGUGGCCAUAGCCAAGAACAAGAAUCUGCACUCACCCAUGUACUUUUUCAUCUGUAGCCUGGCUGUGGCCGAUAUGCUGGUGAGCGUUUCCAAUGGAUCAGAGACCAUAGUCAUCACCCUGUUAAACAGUACAGACACGGACGCGCAGAGUUUCACGGUGAAUAUUGAUAAUGUCAUUGACUCGGUGAUCUGUAGCUCUCUGCUUGCAUCAAUUUGCAGCCUGCUUUCCAUUGCGGUGGACAGGUACUUUACCAUCUUUUAUGCUCUGCAGUACCAUAACAUAAUGACCGUGAAGCGGGUCGGGAUCACCAUAAGCUGCAUCUGGGCGGCUUGUACGGUUUCGGGGGUGCUGUUCAUCAUUUAUUCAGACAGCAGCGCUGUCAUCAUCUGCCUCAUCACCAUGUUCUUCACCAUGCUGGCUCUCAUGGCCUCCCUCUAUGUCCACAUGUUCCUCAUGGCCAGACUUCACAUUAAGAGGAUUGCUGUCCUCCCAGGCACGGGCGCCAUCCGCCAAGGGGCCAACAUGAAGGGGGCCAUUACGCUGACCAUUCUGAUUGGGGUCUUUGUUGUCUGCUGGGCCCCGUUCUUCCUUCACUUAAUAUUCUACAUCUCUUGCCCCCAGAAUCCAUACUGUGUGUGCUUCAUGUCUCACUUUAACUUGUAUCUCAUACUGAUCAUGUGUAAUUCAAUCAUUGACCCUCUCAUUUAUGCACUCCGGAGUCAAGAACUGAGGAAAACCUUCAAGGAGAUCAUCUGUUGCUAUCCCCUGGGAGGUCUCUGUGACUUGGCUAGCAGAUACUAAAUGGAGACAGAGGAGAUCCUAAAAUCCUGAUUAAAAAGACUUUUUCAUUCUUGUGCA